GUCAUUUCCGCUAACAUUAGCCGCCGGUGUUUGUUGACAGCAACGCCGCACAAAGCUUGAAACACUAUAGCUGUACUUUAUUGUGUAGGCUGGACAAAAUGGCAUUAUCCAACUCAUACAAACUCAGGUGCUCUAUCCCGGGCCAUGAAAUGGAUGUCCGGGGCCUCGCAACAGCAGAAUUUCCAGAGGGAGCUUUCGUGUCAGUAUCCAGAGACCGCACCGGGAGAGUCUGGGUACCAAACUCAAGGUAUGCUAGUGUUAGCAUGCUACAGAGUUUCUGUUUGGUUGCUGCGGUUUAAUACAGCACAUUUGUAACUCUGUUGACAAGACAUAUGUCACGUAAACAGCAGCACACCAGCCCACACACCCCAGUGAAGUUAAAAAGCAGUUAUGUCUCAUGCUAACUUUGAUAGUGAAGUUAAUUAGCAAGCACAUUGCUAACGUGUACUCAAUUUAGCUUUGUCAUUCAUUCAACUCCAGCAGCUCUUAAAACAGAAAGGAAGAUCAAAUACUUAUCUGUUCAUCCUUUUGAGGCUGCUGUUGUGUAUUUCAAUUGUCUGGGACUCUAACUUAUCAUAUUUAUGACUAUAUGACUGAUAUCUCCCUAUUUCCUGAGUUGUAGUCUGUGUUUCUUAUCCAUGUCUUGUCUCUCUGUCUCCUCCUCAGCCCUGACAAAGGCUUCACAGAGAUGCACUGUAUGACCGGUCACACAAAUUUUGUAUCCUGUGUAUGCAUAAUAGCACCAAGUGAGACAUAUCCUCGAGGACUCGUUGCCACAGGUGGAAAUGAUAAUAACAUUUGUGUUUUUACACUGGACCAACCUCAACCCCUUUUCAUGCUCCAGGGUCAUAAAAAUACUGGUGAGUUCACAUUUGUUCACAUUUACCUCAACAUCCUGUAAGAUCUACAGGUGUUUGCCAUCAUGAAACAUUACUUAAUCCCAACUUUAUAACAUUUUAUCUCCUUAGUAUGCACGCUGUCUUCUGGGAAGUUUGGGACGCUUUUGAGUGGCUCCUGGGACACGACAGCCAAAGUCUGGCUCAAUGAGAAGUGUAUGAUGACUUUACAGGUAUGGUAAAUCAGGGCUUGACUAACCUUUUACACAUUGAGCACAUGCGCUUCAAGUUGAAAAAGUAAGGAGCACAUAAAGAACUUAAAGGGCACAGUAAAAAUUGAUCAAAUAAUGUGUGUCUUAUUGGUUGACAUAAGUACUAUAAUUUGAAAUCAAUAUUAGGUCUUUUGGGCACAUGACAUGGAAGCUAUUGAAGAAAAUGUUAAAAAUCUGCCUUUGAAAUUUAACACAAAAAAUUUUCAAGGAAAAAUUGGGAAAUAAAAAGGUGUGUCUUAUGGUCGACAUACGUACUGUUAUUUGAAAUCAAUUUUGGGUCUUUUGGUCGCAUGUAAUGGAAGCUAUUGAAGAAAAUGUUGAAAUUUUGCCUUUAAAUUUAACACAGAAAUUUUUAGAGGACAAAUUAGGUCAAUUGGUCACAUGACAUAGAAGCUAUUGAAGGAAAACAGCCUUUUUUUUUGAGGACAUCAACAGGUAAUUUAUUGAUGGUCCCUUAUUCAACACCCGAUGUAUACAGCGAUGGUAUAGAGAGUAGAUUUAACCGCGCUGCUGUUGCCACUCCCGGCUAUGGAGAGUGAGAAGAUACCUGUCGAUCUGCGGUGAAUGUCCAUCGAAUAUCCAACCUAAAACUAACUUCACAGCAGUAUUUAUAUGGAAAACAAUUCGUUGCCUCGGCUGAUUUUUCUCUCCCCCCGUGCCCCUAAAUACAUUUUACAAUUCUCACACCUCUAUUGUGAGUCAAAUUCAAGUGAAACAGUCACACUGUAGAGCCCUGUGAAUAGUUUUUCUUAUGUCUCCACUUUUCCCUUUCUAACACAGACUGGGGGCAACAUUUGAACUUUUACCAUAUGCUUUGAGGUUUAUCCCAAAUUUUAUCUUUAUGUUGUAACAAAGCAACAUCUCUGCUUGUUUCUUUGCUCCAGGGUCACUCUGCAGCAGUGUGGGCAGUAGUCAUCUUACCUGAACAAGGCCUUAUGCUUUCUGGAUCAGCAGAUAAGACUAUCAAACUUUGGAAAGCUGGCCGAUGUGAGAAGACGUAUACAGGUGAGAGAUUGAUUGAUGAUACUUUCUUUUGUCUUUUGAAUCAGUUGUUUUGACUCACCUGCACUUUGAGCUAUUAACCAGACCAUGAGAGGAUGGAUUGUUAUGGGAAACACUUGUGGUAUUUUCUUGAAUCUUAGGUCAUGAAGACUGUGUCAGAGGACUAGCAGUGAUCAGCAGUGCUGAGUUCUUCUCCUGCAGCAACGACGCCAGUAUCAGACGGUGGCUCGUGACAGGCGAAUGUGUACAGGUCUAUUACAGCCACACCAACUACAUCUACAGCCUGGCCGUCUUCCCCAAUAGCCAAGGUUUGUCCAUAUAUAUGAAUAUUUAAAGUGAAUGGGAGAAUUGAAGCAGACAGCUGCAGCUUGAUUUAUUUAUUAAGCCUGCAUCCAUUUAUUCAGUGGUAAGAUGUCUCUGUCUGACUCAGACUGGUGCUUUUCCUGUUAGAUUUUGUAAGCACAGGAGAGGACAGGACCUUGAGGAUAUGGAGGAAAGGAGAGUGCUCUCAGACCAUUCGCCUGCCUGCCCAGUCUGUGUGGUGCUGCUGUAUUCUUCCCAACGGUGAUAUAGCAGUUGGGGCCAGGUAAAAGAACGACGUUUCCCAUCUUAAGAUGUGGUAUUUCUAUAAGCAGAUCCAUAAUCUCUUGGUUAUAAUGCUGCGUUCGAGUUACCUCGAAAGUCAGAUGUCAGAGCUGAAAACGACGUCACACCGAGUUCCCAGCGUUUCAGUUACCGAGUUGGAAAAAAGCAAAAUCAGAGGCCUAAAACAAGAUGGCUAUAUCUACGAAAGUUAUUUUACCGUUGCCUUUAUAUUUGGACAAGGCAAGUGCUAAAAUAACUUUGGUAGAAUUAGCCAUCUUGUUUCUGCCUCCGAUUUUACUUUUAUCCGACUACGCUGGUAACUUGGGUGUGACGUCAUUUUCAGCUCGGACUUCUGACUUCUGAGGUAACUCGAACACAGGAUAAGUAUAUAAGUGAAACAUUAAAGCUACUUUGUUCAAGACUCCACAGCUUUUACUCAUGAAAACAUUUCUUGUACCCACCAACAGCAUUUCACGUCUAACCCAGAUGUUGCUCUUGUACUUACAGUGACGGCAUUAUCCGAGUGUUUACAGAAGUCGAGGACCGCAUGGCCAGCGCAGAGGAUCUGCAGGCCUUUGAGGACGAGCUCUCCAAAGCCACCAUCGAUCCAAAGACAGGCGACCUCGGAGACAUCAAGAUGGAGGACCUUCCUGGAAGAGAACACCUCGAUGAACCUGGUUAGAAAAUAGCCUGACAUCGAUUUCAAACAAAUGAAUAUCAUCAUCACACUGCUUGAAGGAAUUCAGCAUGGUUUUGUCGGCAUGUUUCCUCCAGGGAAUCGUGACGGACAGACACGGCUGAUUAAAGAUGGACAGAAGGUCGAGGCGUACCAGUGGAGUGUCAGCGACGGACGCUGGAUGAAAAUCGGAGAUGUGGUUGGAGGUUCAAACCAGCAGACCUCCAAAAGUGUGAUGUAUGAGGGAAAGGUAAGAAUGAAAGCUUAUGAACAAAUCAAAACAUUUACUCACUCAUUCCAUUGCUCAUUAUUGAUUAAAAAUGACUCCUUAUCUCCUCAGGAAUAUGAUUAUGUCUUCACCAUUGAUGUGAAUGAGGGCGGGCCAUCCAUGAAGCUGCCUUACAAUGUGUCAGAGGACCCCUGGCUGACAGCACACAACUUCUUGCAGAAGAAUGACCUCAGCCCCAUGUUCCUUGACCAGGUUGCCAAUUUUAUAAUCACUAACACCAAAGGCCACGUGGUGGGACCAGCUCCGCCUGCAGGUGGUGACCCAUUCACUGGUGAGUCUUCAACAUAGAUACUCUCAUUUUUCUUUUUUUGUCUUUUACUCACAUACUGUUCAGUUUGUCAGUUUGUUUUUCUCAAACUAGGUGUGUGUAUUUUCAUUGACAGGAGGAGCCAGGUAUAUCCCUGGGUCCUCAGAUGACAGACCAGGCUUUGGAGCAGAUCCCUUCACAGGUACGGUAUGCUUACUUACAGAUUUGCACUUAGUUACAACCACUAGAUAGACUUAUUUCACAGCCGAGUUUCAUCAACAGGCUCUGGUCGCUACAUCCCCGGGUCUGAUCCCACCCCGAGUGCUCCAGGAGGUGUGGCAGAUCCAUUUACAGGUGAGUUUGGCACAUUCAAAGUGCACAUCUUAAAAAUUGUACUGUAGUAUUAUAAAAAUUAAGUUAGCUGCAUUCGGAAAUUUGGAAAGAUAAGCUAAAGCAGCUUCCACGUAAUGAACCCAUGGAUGCAUUUCUCUUCUCUUCAAUAAAAUGAUACAAGAAAGUUGGACUUUUAUUUUUUGUCUCUCUGUUUUAAGUUGAUUGGGUAAUUCUCAUUCCAACUCUGCAGGUGGAGGUGCUUACUCUUCGGCAGCCCUCAGUCAGAAGGCGACCAACAUCUACUUCCCCAAGACUGAUGGUGUGACCUUUGAACAAGCCAAUGCCCAGCAGAUCAUUGGUAGGCAUUUCAGGUUUAAUCACCUCAUGCUGUCACCAGCUCCUCUUGUCCAGGAAUAAUCCAAGAGAUGAAAUCACCUGAUGUAUCAACCUUUUUUUUUGCGAGUUACUCCUUUAAGGGCCUUAUAAACUAUUGUUUUAGACUUUUGAGUAUUUUCCUAAUUUAGCUUAAUUGUUUUUUCCUCAUAAAGCCAAGUUAAAGGAGCUGAAUGGAGGCGCCCCCCCGGAUCAAAAGCUCUCUGAAGAAAUCCUGGAAAGUCUUGACAGCCUGCUGAUGUCGGUGUGUGAUCCCAGUUCUUCCAGAUCUCCUCCAACCAUCCAACAAAUCAGCCUGCUCUGGAAGGCGUCUCACUGGCCUGAAGGUACGAGCGAACCCGGUUUAUAAAUGUUUUGUCUUGUCUGUGUCUGUGAUUGAAGGUUCUUGAGUUUGUAACCGUCGACUCACCACUUUCCCUUUUCCUCCCUCCUGGAUUCUAGACAUCGUGUUUCCUGUCCUGGACAUUAUGAGACUGGCUGUGAGACACCCGCAGGUUAAUGAGAGCCUCUGUGGCGAGGCAGAGGGAGUCCAGCUGUGCAACCACCUGCUGAGCCUGAUGAGGCCUGAGGGGCGCCCUGCUAACCAGAUGCUAGCCCUGCGGACUCUGUGUAACUGCUUUAGCGGCAGGCACGGCCGGGCCCUCCUCAUGGCCCAGCGUGAAACGGUGCUGUCACGUGCCGCCGACUUGGCCUCCGUCUGCAAUAAGAACAUCCACAUCGCCUUGGCCACCCUGGUGCUUAACUACUCAGGCUGCCUGCACAGCCAACCUGAUCUGGAAGCCAAGGCUCAGUGCCUGUCUGUGGCCAGCAGAGCUCUGGAGACCGUUCAAGACAAGGAGGCUGUUUUUAGGCUCUUGGUGGCCUUGGGAACCACUGUGGCUUCAGACCAGACAGCCAAGGACCUGGCGCGCUCCCUGGGGGUCAACUCUCAAAUUUCCAAGUACACGUCAGUGACAGAUCCGGCGAAGGUUGGCGAGUGCUGCCAGAUGAUUUUAAAAGAACUUCAAUGAUGUGAAUGAUUAGAAAAAAAAGAGCACUUGUUUCUUACUAUUACUCUGUUCUGCCUGAUUGGUUGUGGUGGAGACUUCGAUAAUUGUAUGUUCUGCAAUAAAAAAGGACAAAUGAAAUCUUUGCGAAUGCCAA